CUUGCCCAUUACAGCCCAUCUCAGGACACUCACUCAUCACUUCAGCCACGCUCUGACACUCAAGCCAAGUGACGCAGUGAUUAAAGUCCAUUCUUUCUGCAGUUCACCAGCUGAUAAGAACCUGUGGAACAUCUUAUAACUAAAACAAAACAAUAGAGAAGACAAGCUCGAGCAAUUUAAUUCAUCAUUAAACUAUUACAAAGAAAGAUCGUGAGCAGAAGAACGGAGCAGAGAUAGAGUCUAAAUCAGGGUAAACUCAGGACUCAAAAUCUAACACAAGAAGUCAACGGAGGCUAAGGAACGUCAAGAAGUGGUACCGCAAGAUGCCUCUGGACAUACGACUGUUCCACUCCGGCGUCGGGAGCAUGAAGGAGAUGUUCAACAAGAAGGUGGAGGAACACAAGCAGGCGCAGUUAGAGAAUCCGUUCAGCGAGUGGGAGGGCGCCGGCAGGGUGAGGCGGCUCUCUAAGGAGGACAUCGGCUAUGGCAGACCCGCCCCGGGGAGCAAGUCUGAGCAGAGGAGUCAGCUGGCCAAGGCUCACGUCAUGAUGGAGAUGCGAUACCUGUGUGACAUGAUCUGGGACUGCGCGGAGUGGCGAUGUCCGGACGGCAGAGCGGCAAUCACCUUUGGAAAGCUCUUCAAGCUGUACAUAGCCAUCUCGGACAAGGUAGUGGGCACUCUCCUACGAGCCCGAAAACACGGCUUUGUGCACUUCGAAGGGGAAAUGUUGUACCAGCGGCGUGAUGACGACAAAGUGAUUGAGCUGAAGCGUCCCAUCAACACCAUCCGGGCCAGGUUUGGGCAGAAGACCCGAGUGGCGAACGGCGGCGAGGUGGAGCCUUGGGGUGCCGACGAUGAAGACGAUGACACUACAAAAAAUUCCAUCCCCAGAAGAAACUCAACGCCCGGAGGCACCAGCAGGGAGGCACCGGUGACCGAGGGGCCUAGCGUGAGGAGGCACUCCCUGCCCCACUCCUCCAGGUCCCUCAAUUCCUCUCCGGAGCGACGCCUGACCAGGAGUACUUCAGUGGAGGUUCUGGAUCACAAGCCUCCUGAGGGCGAGGCGGCGGCCUGUGCGCCUCCACCUUGCCUUGACAUCACCGUCACCUGUGAGGACACGUCAUCGGACCUCGUGGAGAAAUUGCACAAGGAGAUAGAGAGGAACUGCAACCUGCUGGACCCUGAGUCCGACGUCUUAAGGGGCAGGAGGUCCCGCUCCACCACCCCGACCCCCAUGGACACCAUCAUGGAGGAUUCUGGGGACAAGAGGGGCAAGAAGAACCAAAGGGUCGCGGCACUCACCAACCCACGCAUGGAGCCUCCCCCAGAAGAGCCCGGGGAGUCCUCUUAAAUUAACCUCACGCCGGAGUCAGGGGAAGGCAAGGGUCAGCGGAAUCACGGGUCGCAUAAGUUGAUACAAAGUCAAGAUAAAGAUGUAUUUCAGGGAUAUCACUCUGCCAGGCUUGGUGCUCAUCCUGUCCUGCGGCGCCGUGACUCCUGCUGAGGAAGGCAAGGCUGAUCUGCCAUGGCGCUGCACGUAGGAGGCACAAGGCGCAGGGUUCUGUGUAGCGACAGUAGCAAAUGAACGAGUACUAAAUAAUGAUGACGACAAUAAUGAUAAUGCCGUUGUUGCUAAUAAUAAUAAUAAUAAUAAUAAUAAUAAUAAUAAUAAUAAUAAUAAUAAUAACAAUAAUAAUUUAUUACUAUGACAGUGUUAAAUAUAAAGUUAUAAUUAUAAGUAUAAUCUAUUCUGAUACACUUUAAUGGAGUUUAAGAACUUCAAUAAUCACAAUUUUGGUUGAUGUUUUCCAUUUGCCAUAUUAGUAAUAAUGACAAUAAUAAUAAUAAUAAUAUUAAUAAUAAUAAUAAUGAUAAUAAUAAUAAUAAUGAUAAUAAUUAAUGAUGAUGAUGAUGGUGAUAACAUACACCAAUACAAAACGCUGACAUCCGGCGGAGGAGAGAAGGAGGGAGUAGGAUAAAAACACAGGGAAGGCGUGCCAGGUACAAUCGGUCCGUCCCUUAUAGUCGUUCUUCCCGAUGCGUAGGAAACACACUACAGAGGUAAUAUUUUCUAACAUCAACUUGUAGAGCGCAGAGUGUGCUGCAGACGUCCCUCCUACCGUAGUGGAAAUAACAAUAGUAAUUAUAAUAAUAGCAAUAAUGACAACAAUAGUAGUAAUGUUUCCUUAUGCUUUGUCAGCGUCAUGAAGAGGAAGCGAUAUUGUGUCCUCUAGCAAGCCUCGUCACUCCCAAAGGGCGAAAAGGAGGAGGUCUUGUACCGGGCAUAGUGGUGACUCUUUCCUUCAAGCCAGUGUUCUGAGUGACUGAUAAAUCCCGAUUAGAAGCAUGUUAUUAAUUAGCUUGUGUGAGUCUACUGAAGCAAUUGGCCUUCUUAAAUGGCUAGGAUAUUUAACCCAUCUUUUAUGUCCUCAGUCUACAGAGCGUUUGUACAUUUGUUGCAACUGCUUCUUUUGAGCUUACAUGGUCGUCCUCUUAAAUUUAUUGAGUCUUUGUAGGUCAAUCCCCGCCCAAAGUGACGCAAAUUUUCAGGGACUCAGAGGUUCAUGCCGUCCCUUAGAUUUCCCCGAUUAUAGUAGCUUGGCUGGCUCCUGUGGGGACUUUUUUUUGUUAUCAUAGGCAAUAAAACUACCGAAUUCAAUCUUCCAUGGGGUAGUUAGAGUUAACCCCUUGACUGCUUAAUGGCAUCAUACCACUUCACAAAUCCUUGACAAUACGUAUUACUGAACAAAAAAAUGAAGGUAAAACAAAAGCAUUGAACGGUUUCAACAGCUCGAUCGCUCCCUUUGCUGUCACCGGUGUCUUCCGAGAUUAUGCUUUAAAUUUUCACCACAUUACAUUUGCUCGAAGAGAACCCAUAGCAGUUAAGGAGUUCAACAGUUGUGGUUCAUAUUUCGCCCUCGACAGUUCUGCAGCCGUCCAGUCAGAUCGCAAGGAGUAAGCUUUGAUGCAAUUUUCGCUGUAAUCUUUGUAGUCGACUGGGUUUGUUGUGGUCACUGGCGCUUCUUUUCCUGGCUGUUCUCCUUCAAGUCGCGGCUCCUCAGCUGCGGUUUCCUGUCAUACAUUCAUCCUCCUUUGCAUCCGGCACUGGUUUAUUACGAUGUGUUGAGGAAGAUGGGUAUUAUUGUCUUAAAAGAAAUAAAUGAUGACACGAGCGAAGAG